AAACCUACGUGAUCCUCCAAAAACACACAACCCUUCAAAGACGGCUAAACAUUCGGAAUCAUAACCCUUCUUAGGAACCAUAUAAUGGCUUCACAUUGACUCAACUUCACUCUCACCAACUUUCAUUUUCAUCAACAACUCACACAUGCACACUUCUUUUAGGGUUUUUCAUUCAAAGCUUUAAUUAAACCUUUCCUAUUUGAUUUUUUAAAACAUAUAUUCAACACCACUCUCUUAAAGAGAAAAUAUAGUUUAAGAUAUGGAAGAGAGAAAUGGUGGUGACAAACUUGAUGAAGUUAUGCUUCCAGGUUUUAGGUUUCAUCCAACUGAUGAAGAACUAGUUGGAUUUUACCUAAAGAGAAAGAUUCAACAACGUCCUCUUGCUAUUGAGCUCAUCAAGCAGCUUGAUAUAUAUAAAUUUGAUCCUUGGGAUCUUCCAAAGUUGGCAAGUACAGGGGAGAAAGAGUGGUAUUUUUAUUGCCCUAGAGACAGAAAGUAUAGGAACAGUGCAAGACCUAAUAGAGUAACAAGAGCUGGGUUUUGGAAAGCUACUGGAACAGAUAGACCUAUUUAUUCCUCAGAGGGUUCUAAGUGUAUUGGUUUGAAGAAAUCCUUAGUUUUCUACAAAGGUAGAGCUGCUAAAGGGGUCAAAACUGAUUGGAUGAUGCAUGAGUUUAGACUUCCUUCUCUCAAUGAUUCAUCCUCAUCUCCAAAGAAAUAUGUAGACAAAACUAUUCCAGCUAAUGAAUCUUGGGCAAUCUGCAGAAUAUUCAAGAAAACAAAUGCAACAGCUCAAAGAGCUCUCUCUCACUCAUGGGUCCCUCCAUUACUUGAAACAUCAACCUCCAAUCUUCUAACAAAUGAUGGAAAUAACAACCAAUUUUGUUCACAAAACAUGAUGUUGUUGGCCAAAAAACCAAACUUCACAAGCCAAUUUUGUGCUACUAAUAACCACAAUACCACAUCAAGUAAUACUACACUUUGUCCUUUAAAUAUUCCAUCUUAUAAUAAUAAACCAAUCAUUGAUCCAUUGAUUUACACACCCUUAUACAAGUUACCAAUUUCAAAUGAUCAAAACCUUAACAACCUUAGCACACAUGGCUUAUUAUUCUCAUCUCCUCUUGAAACAUCUUCUACAAAUUGUAACAAAACAUCAUCAAUGGAUGUUUCUUCUUUGCUAUUGGGUAUGUCAUCAUCUUCUUUCCUUGAAGGAGCAACAACCUCAAACUACAUUGGUAGUUUACAAGACCACUACAAUAAUAAUAAUAAUAAUGGAUAUCCAAUAAUGGCUAAUAAUAUAAAUCCUAAUGUGAAUGUGGCUGGUGUUAAUGAUGAAGAGUUGGAGAGAGAAAGAUCCAUUGGGUUUUCAUAUAGUAUGCCUUUCAAUGUUGGUGAUGCAUGGAAGUCAAGUCUUGUUUGGGAUACUUCUUCUUGUACUUCGGAUGAACCAUCUGGUUAUUCUACAACCAAGUGUUAUACUUAGUGUGCAAUUUAUAUCAUUGCUUUUCAGAUAAUUUAUUUUUCUUUAAUUUAGUCGAUUAGUAGUUAUAUUAGUAUGUGGAGCUUAAAUUAUAAGUCUCUUAAUUAGAACUUCUUUAACUAUUUUUUUUUAGCUCAGCCAUCGAGUUGUCUACUUAGAUGUUACUUAUGAUAGGCAAGAAUUAACUAGAGCUAGAGCAGUAAGUUUGACUUUUUUUUCAACUUAGUUUUGGGUAUAAUUACAUGCAUGUAGAAUCUUUUUGUUUUUGUUA